GGGAACCAGUAUCUCCUUUUUUCAGUCUGUGGUCUUUUUUAAAAAGAGCCAGAAGCUCUAAUGUUGGAUGCCGUGCUAUGACAACGUCACUACUGCUCCGUCCGCGCUGGGUCGACCCGUCGGUGAUGUUCCUCUACGACAACGGCGGAGGUUCCGAUGAAGUGAGCAAGAACAUGGAGGGUUUCCCUGGUGGCAACUUUGCCGCGAACCAGUGCAGGAAUCUGAUGGCGCACCCCGCGUCCCUGGCACCCAGCUCGGCGUACUCCUCCAGCGAGGUGCCCACCUCCGGCAUGGGCGAGCCAGUGAAGCAGUGCAGCCCGUGCUCUGCAGCCCAGAAUUCCUCCAGCGCGUCCCUGCCGUAUGGGUACUUCGGUAGCAGUUAUUACCCGUGCAGAAUGUCGCAUCACAGCAGCAUAAAACCGUGUGGCGCGCAGCCCCCCUCUGCGUACGGGGAGAAAUACAUGGACACAUCCGCCUCGGGCGACGACUUCGCCUCUCGGGCAAAGGAAUUCGCUUUUUACCCGACGUACCCCUCAGGCCCGUACCAACCUGUUCCCAGUUACCUGGACGUCCCGGUGCCAACUAUCAGUGCGCCGUCAGAAGCCAGACACGAGUCCCUGCUGCCUAUGGAGAGCUACCAACCGUGGACUCUCGCCACCAACGGCUGGAACGGCCAGGUUUACUGCGCCAAGGAGCAGCCCCAGCCCGGACACAUGUGGAAGUCCUCCAUACCAGACGCAGUGUCCCACAGCGGAGGAGACUCUGGCUCGUAUCGACGUGGACGAAAGAAACGCGUGCCAUACACCAAGGUGCAACUGAAGGAACUCGAGCGCGAGUACGCCGCCAAUAAAUUUAUCACGAAGGACAAACGGAGGAGGAUAUCCGCGCAGACCAACCUGUCCGAGAGGCAGGUCACGAUAUGGUUUCAGAACAGACGCGUAAAGGAGAAGAAAGUUGUCCACAAAUUGAAAACCAUCAGCUAGUUCUAUUUUUUUUUUCUAUUACGGACAACAUCUGUGGGAGAAACUACU